UUAAGGGGCACGGCCAGGGUGCGGGGAGGGGAGAUGGAGCAAUCCUCUGUCUCCAGCAUGCCUGCUGAGCUCAGAGUGGAUGCAAUCCUUCUGUCACGAGCCUGAACAGGAGGAUUAAAGGCCUGAGCCACUGCUGACCAUGGGAUUAACCCCUGCAGGAAAUUAAAGCUGCGGUAGAGAAGGCUCUUCCCUCCACAACUGAGAGAAAGAGAGAAAUCGGGAUUUGGAUUAGAAUUGGCAGGCCCGGUGACAAGCUGCCACCCACAUGCAACUGUUCCUGUUUGGAUCAGAAAAUGAUAUCUCCAGCCUCAGAUGGAAUCCCUCUGCCUGCCGCACUAUGUUAUUAAUUUUCCUCUGAGGGAGGAGAGCCAUAAUGCUCCUUUGCACUCAGUGCAGAAGGGAAGGAAGCCAGGUAACCUGCUUGUGUGUCUCUCCCCUGAGCCUCUCUCCCGCGCCCCUUCUCAGCUGCCUCCCUCUCAAUACAGGAAAUAUACAUGUGAUCUGUAGUAUUCAACCUUACCCUGAAAAAAUGCUGGUGGAUACAUGGUUGGAUUGCUCCCUGUCAAUAGCCCCCUUCCUCUCCUUUUGCUGCUGCUCUGGGCCUCUCCUACGCUGCUCUGGGCCUCUCGUGUCACUCCGGAGUUGGACAUCCCCAAUCUCCCCACCUCUGGACCUGCUUCCUUAAGAUGCACCAUGCAUCCCUAGUUCUCUUCAGCCACUCAACAUCUUCUCCUUCUCCAGUUGCUCUGUGCUUUUUAAAAUCUCUACCCUCCCCAGCUUCUCCAGUCUCUGACACUCAGAUGCUGUGAGCUGGUUUUGUUGUUUUGUUUUUUGAGGGCGGUGAUAAAAAUAAUGCUUUCCUAGUUAAAGCAUAGGACUGAGAAUCAGGAGCUCUCGGUUCUAGCCCGGGCUCUGCUGCAGGCUCCCUGGGAGACCUUGGGCAAGUCACUUAGCCCUACAUUUUCAAAGGUGUCCACUACCUUGCGGGUGCCUCAUGUUUUCGAUGCCCAAAGUGUCACUCUUAACUCUAAAUGAUUUCAAUGGGAGCUGUAGGUGCUCAACACCUGUGAAAAUCAGAUGUCCCAAGAUAGACAGCCCAAAUUUAAGGCAGCUAAAAUUUUUGAUCAUGUUUAGAAAUUUAGGCCUCAACUUAUUUGUGCUUAGUUUCCCCAGCUGUAAACUAGGGAUAGUAGUGUCCUGUCUCAUGGUGAUGCUGUGAGGCUAAAUUCAUCAAUGUUUGUAAAACACUUGAAGAGCCUUGGAUGGCAAGUGCUACAGAAAUGCAAAAUAUUAAUUCUCAUUCCCGUAUGCCGUGCUUCACUGAGCCAAUAACCAUGUUUCUGCUUCAGCUGAGCCUAGGUGCUGGGAAUUCACAGGUAGCUUUCUGACAUCAGCACACACAUACUUGGGAAUAGGGAAGAGUGUUAAAUUCAUAACACAUAACUGAUCUGACAGAUGCCACCUUUUUUCGGUUUGCAAAAUGUCUGCAAAUGGAUCUUGAUUUUCUUGUGAUUAUUCAAUGGAAUUUUUCAUUAAUUCUGCUAUUGGACGGCUAUGGGCUGCUUAGCUGUGAUGGAUCAAUAGAAGCUACAUGGUGUUGUUUUACUUCCCUUAUUGGAUGAAUAUCUUCCAUAAUCAGGUUUCUGGUGUGAACGUAUAAGCUGCUUUCCAGGAGUAUUUGAGUGUGAGAGUUUAUCAUCCAAUUUUUGUGUGCAUGUGGUGUUAAAACAAUGAAAGUUCACAGAAAACAAGCCCCAGGAUAUAUAGAUUGUAAGCUUUUUGGGACAGGGACUGUCUCUUACUAUGUGUCUGUACAGUGCCUAGCACAGUGGGGCUCUGAUCUUGGCUGGGAUGUCGGAGUGCUAUUGGAAUGCACAGAAAUAAAUAAUAAUAAACAAAAAGGGAGUGGCCAUGGCAGGCGCAAAUAAGCUUAAAAAUAUGACUACUCAUGGUCAAUUUUUUGCAGCCUUUGCCCAGGUCUCUUGGGAUGGCACCGAUGGUUUCACGCUCACGUCACCUUCCUACCCCAGGUGCUGUUCAGGGACAAAUGGAUCCACCUAGGAUUCAUCAGCCAGUUGUUUAACAUGUUUUUUAAAUUGCUUUAAUCAGCCCACAUGGUCUCUGCCUCUCCCCACUCCUGGUGUCCAGAUUCUUGCCCACUAGGGAUGACUGAGGUUGUGUAGAAAUAACACUAUAUGCUCUAAUCACUGUACAUGGGGGUGCCAUCCUUUGGGUGGGUCUCAGACUGCAGUGAAACAAGAAUCUUAGCAAUAACAGCCUCCCCCACAGAGGGAGGGGGAAAAUAUAAUCUCCUUUAAAGCAUAUUCCAUUCAUUCCCUAACCCUGCUGGGUUCCAGAUAAAGGCUAAAGCAAUUUAGCCCUGGAGAUGGACUUUCCUAUCAUUCAUCAGCUGCUGUGUGUAUGUGUGAGCGCACUUCCUGUAAUUUAUUGCUGGCAACUGCUGUAGCCUCUAUUACCUACACUUCCCUAACAGACAUCACCCCCACCCCCAGAGAUACAGGCUGUUUGAGGGGACUGAUGUUGGAUCUGUGACCUAAGGGUUAGAGGAAAGGACUGUGACUACGGGUUAAAGCAAAGGAUUCCUGGGCUGUACUGCUGACUCCAUCUGAUUUCUGCGACACCUUUGGCAAGCGACCUGAGCACUUGGUGACUCAGUAUCCCUAUCUGUGAAAUAGGGAUAAUGCUAUUCAUCUAUCUAUCUCUGGUAUUCUUAUAGCAGGGCUUGGGUCUGAUUUUCAGACAUGCUGAACACCCACCACUUCAACUCGAAGGUCAAUAGGAGCUGCAGGUACUUCAGAAAAUCAUGCCCUUAGUUGGCUAACUCCAUGAUAAAUAGCAAUAGUAAUGAAUGUUUAUAAAGCACGUGGAGAGCCUUGGAUAAAAGAUAUUACAGAAUUGCCGAAACAACAUGUGGAGGCAGAAAGCAGGGCCCAUAGAGAUUCUCCUCAUCCUCACAAUAUGCUCUUUGGGACCCUAUUUUUGGAAGGGUUUGAUUCAGCUCAACCACAAGGUUUUUAAGUGAUACUGUGCCAGUCACCAGUGGCAGAACUGGAAGAGGGGAGGGGAGGGGCAGCGGUAGCUCCUGCUGUAGCUUUUAUACACCAGGAUGCCUGACAACAGCCGCAGGAGCAAUUAAAGUGAAAUGUUCUAUAGCUUUAGGGUUCUCUAACAACGCUAAAGCUUUUCAGUUCCCCAAGAGAGCUAAUCAGGAUGGCAGGAGCUCCACAGGAAGCCCAAGUGGUAGACUGAAUGUCAGAGUGGGGCUUCAGCUCAGUGCAUUUUUGGGAACUGUAACAUGAGGCCGGUGAUAGAUUAACUUGCUCUGUGGCCUUGAGCUGAAACUAAACAUGUUGCCCCUUGGUCUGCUCUGUCAAAGGGCAUAAAGAAAAAGCAUAGCCCUUGCUCCAUAGGCUGCCUGGGGCACUGCCACUGAAUUUGGAAAGUGUUGAAUUUCAAGUGCAUGGAUGAAUGCAUUGGACCAUAAUGAUCACAGGGCAUCCACUGGGCUCUGAAUACAGUGUCCUAGAGACCACCACAGGACAUCCAGUGGCCACAUUGGACACAGUGUCCCAGGAACCAGAGGGCAUCCAGUAGGCCCACAGGAUACAGUGACUCCAGGUCUCUGGAGCACUAGGGGUUUGAUUCCCAUGAUGCAAAGCAGCCUAAAAGUUGGCAGAUCCAGCCAUGUGAGGAUUUCCCUUGUGGAGUGGAAUCUCAGGGUGGCAUAGAGCUGCCAUAGUAGCUCCUCUAACCCCAGGCGUAUGGGAAUUAGCUGGACUACUCAUGAUUGGCUGGUCCCUGGUUACUGGAUGAGCCCCUCAUGGUUGCUUGCCACUUGCAUGAGACAGCGCACUAUGAAGGCAUAUGUUGGGCGCCAGAAUGCAGCUAUGUGUACAAGACAUGGGUGUGUAUGAAUAUGGGUCACAUGUCAUUCAGGAGUAUGUGUACAUGCACAUACAUGUAUGUGUGUGCUUUUGCCUCUGUAGGCUAUAUCUGUAAUCAUGCAUAAGUGUGUGCAUGUGUCUGCACACAUGUACGGGACUGCAGAUGGCUGUGUGAGAAAGUUUAUUUGUGGGUGUGUGCACAAGUUUUGGUGUUUCUGUCUGUGUAUGCACCCACCUGUUUAUGUUACAUGCCCAUGAAUGGGCGUUUGUGCACAAACACACAUACUCACAUAAGUUGCAUACGAGUGCAUUUAGCUAUGUUUACAUGCAGGCUCAUGGUGCAUGUUUACAUCACAUGCGCAUGCAGGGGCAAGUGUGUCAUAUGUCUUUACACAGUCACAUGUGCAUAUAGGCACAGCCACUCUUGUGCAUGUUGCAGUACAGGAGAGAAAAAUUAAAGGCUGAACAGGUGUUAAUCACUAGACACUGCAAAACAAUGCUAUACACAGGGAAAGGGCUCAUUUCUACACAUCUCCUCCUCCCACCCACGUGGUGUGCUUGAGCCUAGUCAAUGUAUCAUUGGAAGAGGAGCCUGUGAUAUACCAGAAUUUAACACCUGACCUGGACGCUCCAUGCCAUAGCAGAGGGAAGUAGGGCCAGAGACAUCACUCUCCUAGUGCUCAGGUGCUGUCAACGUUGCUCGGAGCCCUCACAAGGUACUGGGUAUUGGGCUGGCGAGGAAUGAUUGCAGGGGAGAUCGUGUGGGGUGAAAACGCCACCUAAGGAAUUGAUGGGAGGGGGUCAGGAAGCAACCAUGAAGGUUUUUAAAGCUUAGCACCCUUGGUUGGAGCUGAGCCAGGUGAUACAGAUGGGUGUUAACAAACCAACAGGCUAGGAUCAGAGCGCUCUACAACACAGGAAAAGUUAGAUGGAGAGAAGGGGAACAAGAGAGAGAGUGGCAAGCAUCCCCUGCUGCCUAAGGGAGGACAGGAACACGCAACAACAGGAUUUGAAACUGAUCAACACCAGCUAUCCAGCAGCCGCAUAAGUCUCUGUGGCUGUCAGCUUAACUCUGCCGUUUGUUCCUGUGGUGUAGGGAGUUAAAUAGGACACAGAGAAAGCCUGUUGGCUGGGAGUUGAAGUCAAGGAGGGAGAGAGAAGAGACUGCAAUUGGACAGUGCCCAGGGAGUCGGGUGGAAGCAGCUGCGGGCAAAGCCCCUCCAGGAUCUGACAGGUAGGGUGCCCAGAUUGCUCCUCCAUCCUGUGAGAACGUGUGCCAGGCUGGCUGGAGGACGGGAAGCCACACUGGAGAAAACAGUGACCAUAAUGCUGUCUGGGAGCGCUAGCCACUGGUGGAAGAACAGGUUUUCCAUGAGGUGGCGACAGACCUGCUUGCUUGCCUAUUGGCUCUCUCUGUGUGCAGCAGACUCCCUCUUCACUUGCCCUUCCUCCUGCAAGUGUAACAGUGGCAGUCUGGAAGUGGACUGUAGUGGCUUGGGCCUCUCAUCCAUCCCCUCAGACAUUCCUACAAACACCAGAAUCUUCCUCUUCCUCAACAACAAGCUAAGCACACUGCCAGGACCAGUCUUUUCCAAUCUCUCUGCCCUACAGAGGCUGGACCUUUCCAACAACUUCUUGGACCAGCUGCCCCAGAACAUCUUCAGUGACCUAGGGAACCUCACCGAACUACAGCUGAGGAACAACAGUAUCAGGACCCUGGACAAGGACCUUCUGCAGCAGAUGUCCCUACUGCGCCAGCUAGACCUAUCCAUCAAUGGCCUUGCUCAGAUACCCUCAGGAAUCUUUGAUGACCUCCCGGCUCUCCGCUUGCUCUCCCUUAGGUCUAACCGCCUACAGAGCCUAGACAGGGUGACCUUUGAACCAUUAGUCAGCCUGCAGCAGCUCCAAGUUGGGGAUAACCCCUGGGAAUGUGACUGCAACCUGAGAGACUUCAAACACUGGAUGGAAUGGUUCUCUUAUCGAGGAGGAAAGAUUGACCAGUUGGCAUGUACGCUGCCCAAGGAGCUGCGGGGGAAGGACAUGCAAAUGGUUCCCAUGGAGAUGUUCAACUACUGUUCACAGCUGGAGGAUGAGAACGGCUCCACUGUGCUGGACAAUUCUGGCCCACCAUGCACUAAAGGAAGCCCGACUCCUUCAAAAUCCAAGUCAGGGCCAGAACCUGAAGUGGAGCCGAGCGUGGGGUGCCCCCAGAAACAGAGAUACCGGCCGGUUAGUGUGCGCCGAGCCAUUGGCACUGUGAUCAUAGCUGGGGUGGUGUGUGGCAUCGUGUGUAUCAUGAUGGUGGUGGCAGCAGCUUAUGGCUGUAUCUAUGCAUCCCUCAUGGCCAAAUACCACCGAGAGCUGAAGAAGAGGCAGCCGCUAAUGGGUGACACAGAGGGUGAACAUGAAGAACAAAAGCAAAUCUCCUCUGUGGCAUGAAACUCUUCUCGGAAGGCAAGGGUAGAAGUGAGCAGAGUACCUGAGAGCAGUGAGGCCUGUGUCCUCCCACAAUCCAUCUUCCCAGACAGAUGGACAGACUGUGCUAUCACUCCACUCAUCCAAUUAGUGCAACAUGCUUCUGGGUUUAGGACAUCUGGCUCUAAAUUUAAUUCCUCUGCAUCAGGCCCUUUGGCACCCCUUCACCCUCAUGCCCUACCAAGUCAAUAAACUAUAGUCAGACCUCAAGUGCUUGCCAUGCCUCAUCCUUGCACAGAGCCCCCUUGGAUAUGCACAGCAAGGGCAGCCAACACCUUCCAGGAGCCCCUGGUGUCCUGACACCCUCCUCUCAGCUUCAGUCCCCACAUCCUCCUACAUCCCACACAGAACUGCAGAGCCUUCUGCAACCACAGAGAGCAGCCAACUGUGCUGAAGAAGCUCCUUGUAUAUUUACCAAGACACCAGAGCAAGUGUCUAAGUCUCACUGGUGGAGUCAUUGGUGUUACAGGACAGUGAGCUAUUCCCCAUCUCCUGUACAGCUGAGGAAAACUUGGCCAAGAGAAUAUCGGGAGAGAGAGAAGGUCCUAGAUGGUCACAAUAGGGAGAGAAGGGAGAUUCCCCUUCUCACUUUGAAUGCUGGAAGGACACACCUACCCUAAGAUCUGUGCACAUAGACUCCAUCCGCUCACCCUGACAAACACCAUACACCAACAUGCACACACAUUUAUCACCCACACGUACAUACAAAUAGCUAUGUGCAUACACACAGAUCACCCACAUGCACAUACAAAUAUACCCCAAUGCACACAUGCCAAUCCCCCACAUGUGCAUACAAACAUGGCCAUAUGCACACAUUUACUCACUUGCAUACCUAUGUGUAUCGAUACAUUCCUACUCUGGAGCACCUAAAAGUGUGCUAGGCCCCUUCCACUACAGGCAACCAGUCCUGAGGGGCUUACAAAAAUAUCUCAGAGAUGGUGCAAAGACUCAGGGAGGAGUAGGAGAGAAAGGACAGAGGCAACAGCCUUAAGAUUCCAGUGUUACUCAGUGACAACUUGUGCACAGCACGAAAAGGUGAAGUGUGGCUUUGUAUUUAUUUUAUGGUUUUAUAAGAUAAACAGAAUGCGUGGGUGACCAAUGGGAAGCCUCAGUCUGCAAGUGUCCUAUAGACAUCUCGGAUGAAGCAAGUCCUCAGGAGGCAUUGAAAAUAGAAACUUGUUGACCAGCUGGGGAAGUGUGUUCCAUGUAUAGGGGCAACGUGGAAAACAGCCUGGAGGUGGUUGUGGGAGAAGCAGAUAAACAGAGUGACAGCUGGCAUUACUGGCAGAGUGGAGGGGGUGUAUGGUGGGAAGGCAAUGUGCUGAGUAGAGAGGGGCAGAGUUAUUUAUGCUGGGCCUUUGAAGGUGAGAACAGAAUGCUGGAACUCGAUGCAAUAAAGAGAGAAUUAGUAGAGGGAUUCAAAGAGGUGGGUGCCAUGGUCACCACACAGCCCACUGACACAGAUGUGUUCAAGAUUACAUCUCCUACCUCACACAAAUAUAAGGACACACACACACACACACACACACACACACACACACACA